AUGUUUUUGAGUCAACAGGAGUCUUGUCGACCCGCUCUUAGGACCGUGGUAUUUUCUGUACUUUCGUACUUGUGCUGCGGCAUCAAGUACGAAGGCAAGGAGAGAGGCCCUGGCGUCUUUGUGCUCUCCAAGGACGCCAGUCGUGAGUUCCCACGGAACACCUCGACCCGCAAUCCCUACAAGGGUUGUCGAUCUGACAAGCAUUCGGGCCAUGAGUGCUCGUGGAAGAAGGUUCCGAACGGACUCUGUAAACCAGCUGCCCUCGUACCCGCCCGGCUAGAUGAUCAUUCUCUCCAUACAGUAGUUUUCAGCUGGCUUUCCAUGUCCUACAUCCGCUUUGAGGGCACUGUCCCUUGA